AUGAUGGGUCGAUUAGUUCUCAAAAAAGUCAAAGAUGUGGCUCGUGGCAAAUUGAGUCAGCCUGUCGAAGCCGCUCAGAAUUCGAUCUUGUUUGAGACCAAGGGUUCGGCCAGUUCUGAUUAUUCUAGGGCGUUUUUGAAUGAGUAUCGUAAGCGGCUGAGGAACGGAAAUGCGUUGAUUAAACGAAAUGGAAAACUUGAGCGGAAAUUUCAGUGCGAGAGCCUCUCGGAGGUACGAUCGAGGCUUCGCGGUACAGUCAGUGCCGCUCAAGUCCAUCAAAAUACUUUUCGCAUUUUUUCCCCGCAAAGUAAGGUUUUCCAGUGCGAUUUCUUCCGUCUGCUGUAUUUCCCACCAGAACACUUCGUGGCGCUGCUUCGAAAGAGUAAGCCCGCCGUCAACGUCAGGGUUGUUGGUGAGGUUUUCCUCAAUGGCAACGUCGCGAGAGAAAAUGGCGAGCACGUCAAGUAUACGGAAGUGUUUGCAGAAAACAGCAGGCAGGACGGUUACGGCAAGGCUCAAGAUUUCAAUAAAACGCGGGACAUGAGAUCGCUUUUUGGCCGUGCGGGACCCAGCGUACCGCGAAACUAUGCAUUUCUGCGGCGCGAACUGCGCGUUUUUGUCGGCGGUUGCAUGACCGAAAGGUGGUUAGAAUUACAAGGAGACAAGGCGGUUGCAGAUCAGAUUCGCAUACAGGAGGGCAAAGGUCCUGCGAGCUCCACUUUGCUGGAUGACAAGCAACGCCCGAGGGUUGGCGUUGCAAAAGACGGAUUCUAUCUGUUCCAGGUUCUGAUAUUCCCAGACAAGUUUACGAAGCCCGAAUUCCGUCGCUGCGUCAGAGACAGCAUAACUAAAGUAGCGGAUUUAGACUGGGACAAGUUUCUGCAGGGAAACAAGUCUGGAGCGAAAACCUGGGUCGAAGAGGCCAACGCUCGCGUGCGUUUGCCCGUCCUGAACAAAUUGCUGGAGUCGGACCAAGUGGCCCGAAUCCUGAAAAAGACCUAA